UCUUUUUUCUUUCCUAGUAGUUACCUCCAUAACAUGAAAACAAAGAAUAAUACACAAGCUACCGGAUUUCUUCUUCUAGGAUUUUCAGAUGAACCAGAAAUGCAGUCCCUCCUGUUUGGACUUUUUCUCUCCAUGUACCUGCUCACUGUGUUGGGAAACUUGCUCCUCAUUCUGACUGUCAGCUCAGACUCCCACCUCCACACCCCCAUGUACUUCUUCCUCUCCAACCUGUCCUUGGUGGACAUUGGUUUCAUCUCCACCACCAUCUUAAAGAUGCUGCAGAACAUCCACACGCACAGCAAAGCCAUCACCUAUGCGGGCUGCCUCACCCAGAUUUAUUUUUGCAUACUCUUUGCCGUAUUGGAUAACUUCCUUUUGACUGUGAUGGCGUAUGACCGCUAUGUGGCCAUCUGUCACCCCCUGCACUACACGGUCAUCAUGAACCCCAGGCUCUGUGGACUGCUGGUUCUGGUGUCCUGGGUUUUGAGUGUACUGAAUUCUUUGUUACAAAGUUUGAUGGCGUUGAGACUGUCUUUCUGCACAGACUUGGCAAUCCCCCACUAUUUCUGUGAGCUCAACCAGCUGCUCCAACUGGCCUGUUCUGACACCUUUCUGAAUAACCUAGUGAUGUAUCUUGCAGCUCUCCUGCUGGGUGGUGGUCCCUUUGUUGGUAUUGUUUACUCUUAUUCUAAGAUCGUUUCCUGCAUCCGUAGAAUGUCAUCAGCUGAAGGGAAGCAUAAAGCCUUUUCCACCUGUGCCUCUCACCUCUCAGUUGUCUGCUUAUUUUAUUGUACACUCUUAGGGGUGUAUCUUAGCUCUGCUGCUCCCCACAGCUCACACUCAAUUUCAACAGCCUCAGUGCUGUACACUGUGGUAAUACCAAUGCUGAACCCCUUCAUCUACAGUCUCAGAAACAAAGAUAUCAAGAGGGCUCUUAAGAGACUCUUUGUGAGGGAAACUAUGGAAGAAUGAUUGUCCUAAGACUGAAGAAGUGUCCAUGAUGGUAGAGAUCAGUCUUCGAGGUAGAUGUUAUGUUUAUUUGAUCUGACUCAGAAAAAGAGUUUUGUCAUUCUGGUUAUGCCCUGUAUCUAGUAGAUAUAAUUUUUACCUCAAAUUCAC